AUGGUCCUACAGGCAGACACGUACAGCGAUCUGGUUCGAUGGAGCUACGCAUCUCCCGCCAUCCUUGGGCUGCGCGCCAAGUUCGAGACUACGAUUUGGGAGCAUUUUCUUCCCAAGGAGUUUCCGGGGGAUCUAUUGCACGACGCCACAGCCGUUGUCCUCUUUCCCGACAGAGACGGGACGGCGGACGGGGCCGAGUACGCGAAUCUGGUCCAUCACCACCUCAUAUCCUGGGCCGCCGGCACACUUCCCGAUUCGACACGGCGGCGUGGCGAGCAAUCGUGCCUGUUGAGGAAACUCGGUCGGCUCCAUCGGCAGCUUCGCCUCUUCAUCAACGAUUUCCUCGGCAAAGCGACGAGUUCCUAUCAGUGGCAGGCCUAUCGACAGCUACCCAACUGGUGCCACGAGUCUCUGCGUGCCGUCGAGGGCGAGGGCAAAGGUGUCGUCCGCUUUGGCUCGCUGAGAGGGUCGGAACGACGACGCUUCUUCCGCGCCUUCCUUCGAUACGAGCUGCUGUGCAAGAUGUACACACGAUGCUCGGCGACUGUUGACAUGCGGCCCAGCGUGUGGGACAAGCCAGGCACGCUACCCGCCUGGAGCUGGGACAUGCUGGAUAGGUAUCAACGCAGGCGCUCGACCGGUCGGGAUACAGAGUCGGUGCAGUGCGUUCUAGAGUACAUUCACGGCCUCUACGUCGCCAUCUCGGCUCGGCUCAAGAGCGAAGGCUCCGGCAAGGGGAAGGCGGCCCCUCUCUUGCCAUUUAACGAAUGCGGCGGCGAGCUGGUCGCGGAUUCUUGGAUGAUGCUGUCCUUGCAACGGCGGCCCUGCUUUGUUGUUUCGAGCCCGUCAUUGUCCCAGGUCGGCUCGAGUCCCUGGACCUAUUCCAUCAGCCUCUGGGGCCUUGACCGAGUCCAACAUCUCCUUCAGUCUGGAGCCGAGCAUUGCAGAGCCUUUGUCGAAUUCGUCAUGACCGGGAUCAAGAGUGAUGGCAAGCCAUUCUUCUUUUCAUCACCGCGCCAACUGGCGCCUACCUUUCCUCCCUGGCGGUCAGUCUCGGAGGCGGUCAUGCAUGGUAACUGGGGCAGCCUUGAUGCGAGCGGGAACCAAACACCCUGGUUCAUGUUGGGGGACGCAUACCACGCUCAUUUCAUCCUCAUGUAUAGGCAGCGGGCGUGGUCGUUGCUUCACGAACGAGAGGGUAUUCUGAGGCAAUGGGGGCAGUGGGUGAGCGGCGAGAUGGCUUCCCGCUACCGUCGGCACCUGGCUUACCCGUACAUGUAUCUGUCGGAUCCGCACUGGUCAGGAACUUGA